AUGCCACCAAAGGGAGUCGCAAGCAAAGCACCAGCUGCCGCCAAGGCACCUGCAUCCGCAUCCAAGGUCCCAGCCAAGCAAGAUGCUGGCAAGAAAACCACCACCGGAGAAGGAAAGCCACGCAAGAAGAAGGGACGUAAGGAGACUUACUCUUCAUACAUCUACAAAGUUCUCAAGCAAGUUCACCCAGAUACUGGUAUCUCCAACCGCGCAAUGUCCAUCUUGAACUCCUUCGUCAACGAUAUUUUUGAGCGCGUCGCCACAGAGGCCUCCAAGCUCGCUGCUUACAACAAGAAGAGCACCAUCUCGUCAAGAGAAAUCCAAACCUCUGUCCGUCUCAUUCUUCCCGGUGAACUCGCAAAGCAUGCCGUCUCUGAGGGUACCAAGGCUGUCACCAAGUACUCUUCAUCCACGAAAUAA